AUGGUUUUCCUCCCUUUAAAUUCCUCUGACUGUUCAAAUUGCACCCAGACUGUGGGGAUAGUGAACAAUUUUAAGGCCAUAUUAUUAGGGGUUAUUUUAGGGGGGCUGAUUAUUUUUGGGGUGCUGGGUAAUAUUCUGGUUAUCCUCUCAGUAGCCUGCCACAGACACCUUCAGAGUGUCACCCAUUACUACAUAAUCAACCUGGCUGUUGCGGACUUCCUCUUAACUUCCACUGUCCUGCCUUUCUCAGCAAUCUUUGAGAUUUUGGGCUACUGGGUCUUUGGGAGGAUCUUCUGCAACAUCUGGGCAGCUGUCGAUGUCCUAUGCUGCACGGCUUCCAUCAUGAGCCUAUGUAUCAUCUCUAUAGACAGAUACAUUGGGGUGAGCUACCCACUGAGAUAUCCAGCUAUAGUGACAGAAAAGAGGGGACUCCUGGCUCUGCUAAGUGUCUGGGCUUUGUCUCUGGUGAUCUCCAUUGGACCUCUCUUUGGCUGGAAGGAGCCAGCUCCCGAAGAUGAGACCAUCUGUCAAAUCACUGAAGAGCCUGGCUACGUAUUGUUCUCUGCUUUCGGCUCCUUCUACCUCCCCUUGACCAUCAUCUUGGUGAUGUACUGUAGAGUGUAUGUGGUGGCCAAAAGGGAAAGCAAAGGCCUAACUUCUGGCUUGAAAACGGAGAAAUCUCAUUCGGAAGAGGUGACCCUCCGGAUCCAUCGCAAAAACACCUCGGUACGGAGCAGAUCUGCAUCCUGCCCAAAGAACAAAACGCACUUCUCCGUGCGUCUCCUGAAGUUCUCCAGGGAAAAGAAAGCGGCCAAGACCCUGGGGAUAGUGGUGGGGUGCUUCAUACUGUGCUGGCUUCCUUUCUUUAUAGUCAUGCCUAUUGGCGUUUUCUUUCCUGCACUCAAGCCCUCAGACACAGUUUUUAAAAUAACGUUUUGGCUUGGGUAUUUGAACAGCUGCAUCAACCCGAUCAUCUACCCGUGCUCGAGUCAAGAGUUUAAAAAAGCAUUCCAAAAUGUCCUACGAGCCCAGUGUUUCACAAGAAAGCAAGCAGCCAACAAGCAUUCCCUUAGCUUCAAUCUGAACCAGCCAGCUAGCCCCAGUAUGGACGGUGCCAAGGAUGUUGUCCGUAUCCCUGUAGGAUCGGGGGAAACCUUCUAUAGGAUUUCCAAGUCCAAUGGGGUCUGCGAGUGGAAGAUUUUCUCCACCAUGCAAAGCAUGUCUACAAAAAGUGCAAUCUCUAAAGACAAGUCCAGCUGCGCCAGAGCCAAAGUGAAGAGCAAAGGUUUCCUCAGGACAUGCUGCUGUACUGGCACAUCAAGGAGCGUCGCUCGGGAGAACCGUAAAGUGCCAACCAUUAAAAUACACACUAUCUCCCUCAGUGAAAACGGGGAGGAUGUCUAAGGGAUCGAGAUCUCUAAUGGGACUGGGGAGGAGGAGGGGAAUCUUUACAUGCAACUGUUCAGCUCUGGCAACCCUGCUCUGCUGGCAUAGUUCUGUGAGCAGGAAGUUGUUCUUCUUAAUGGGAAGUAGGGAUGGAUGCUGAAGUAGGGGGAGUGGCCUGAA